UCGCGAGAAAACCGUCAUAUUUUAGGUUAGUUGCUGAGGACGCUUACUGUGCUGUACAUUCUCGGUAAUAUCGACGUUUAAAACGAGAUGGAGAACAAUUCGUAGACGAAAAUACCGAACCAAAACUUUAAAUCCUUUGAGUAUCAGUUCAGAUGAGAAUAGAACAGCCAAGCACGAUGUCUGGAUUCAACAUUAAUACCAACAAAAAGGAGGAUGUCUCUACCAAACUUAAAGCUAUGUCUAAUUAUACCAACAUCAGGAAAGCUAAAGGAGAGACAAAGCAGUUGGAGACAGAGAGUAAAAAAAUGGAAGAGCGGCUUAAGGAAUUAAGGAUGGCAAUGAACAGAGAGAAGGAAGAGAGAGAGAGACAAGGGGGUGGUUACUGGAGUCGUGGUCAGACUGGUCAUCUCAACAGCUACGCCUCUGAUGUACUCAAUGCCAAACCUGCCAAAGCCCCAGCUGUCAAGGAUGGCAAGAGAAAAGUGAAGGUGCUGAAAGAUUCUGCUUUAGAUGUACCGGAGAGACCUAAACACCCUGGCACUAUGGGUUACAUUGCUCAGCAGGAGGCGUCACUCACACCCAGGAAAAGGAAUGUCAAAGGGCCAAAGUGUGGUCAGUGUGAGGAGAAGAAGGCAGCAGUGUCAUGUGUGCAGUGUUCAGAACAUUACUGUGCUACCUGCUUUGCUGCUUUCCAUCUGAGAGGUGCCUUAAAGAAACAUCGAUCAGUCCCUCUCUCAGCAUCAGGACCACGUGUUUGUAUGUCACCCCGACCACCACAGCCAAGCAACGGAGACAGGAGUAUAGAUUUCCAUGCUCCACCACCACCAGCAGAGGGCGCUGAGGCCCCUUACCUCGCAAAGAUUCGGGCCCAGAGGGACCGUAACAGCCCAGAAGGAGCCAGCGGAUCAUUUGACCAGAAUGGCCUGAUAGGUGGAGAGUAUGAUGAGGCAGAGAGUGCAGCAUCCUUUCAGCAGGCCCUCUUAGCAUGGCGAAGCGGCAACAAUGGAGAUGUUCCUAUGACCCCUCCCAAACCUGCACCUAAACAACAACGUAUCAGUCCUAGAAAAGUGGCCUAUUCGCCUGUCAAAACUCCAACUGUACAGGUUGAAUUCGGAACAUCAACAAUAGAAGAAAAAGAAAACAUUGAAAUAAAAUUUACCUCCACAAUGUCCUAUGCGGAUCGACUUUUACUGAAGAAGCACAGAAGGACAGAAGUGGAUAAGAUGGCCACCCCCAGACUCGGGGACUGGGAGGGACAUGACGAGCCUGACCCUAGGUCAAGAUCUAUUACACCCUUCCAGGAUCACAGAACCAGAGAUCGACAUCAGACACAACGUCAGGACCCCUGGCUGGCCGGACCCUCCACACCUCGCGUGGAGCCAUUGUUCUCAUCCAGAGAAGAAGAAUUACAACCAGUCAACUUCCAAUCUCUAUAUGAAGCAGUCAAGUAUUCUGAGUCUGGGUCCAGCCAGCCGUCACGAACAGUCAGUGGGGGUAUGACGAUUGAGGAGAUUGACGAUGAUAUCAAUAGUCCAGAGAGUGUGAUAGAGAAUUAUUCAGCGUUGAAGAGAGUUGAGGAAACAUCAGCAUGUCUGGUUCAGGAGAUGGAUGAUCCACAAGACUGGGCUCUUAAUCAAAAUGGAUCAUCCUCAAGCAGUUAUCACAAUGUGGUUACUGACACAAUGCCACCAAAAUCUCGUAAAUCCCGUAGAACGCCAAGGACACCUGGUGGUAAAUCCAAGUCUCGCCUACAGGCUGAUCCUAUGAUACAAAGCCCAGAUCCUGAGGACUAUGAGAGAGUCCAGCCACCUCCAGAGACGGAACCAAAUCUGCCUAGGUCUACGCACAACAGGACAAAGAAAAGUUAUGUGGAAUAUUCAUCCCCUGACACAUCUAGAACACAGCCCAUUACAACAACAGGAACAGAAACAAUGAAACCACCAGCAUCUUCAGCUAAGUCACGUCCUCAGUCCAGUGCUAAAUCUCGGCCUCAAUCAUCUGCUAAAUCACGACCACAAUCGUCAGCUCGCUCCAAGAGUCGACAAAACAGCUAUACACAAUCACGCCCCGGUUCUAGGGCCAAGAGUCGUGCAAACUCACGCAUAGAAGGGGAAGGUGUACUUACCAAAGGCCCCAGUCAGGGACUGCUACAGGUGGCUAUGAUGAACCAAAAUGAAAUUCUAGGGGACAAACAGAAAAGCUACAGCUCUGCAUUCAAUGAAUUCUUCAUGCUAGGUGUUCAACCCGAGCAGACAGAAAGAACAAUGACACCAUCUAAACAUAAAGACAGUCGUACCGAAAAAGUCAAGGUCAGCAGUCAGUUGUAUCAGAUGGCGCCCCGAUCAUGGCGACCUGACAGCAGUCUGGCAGACACAAUUGACACACAGACUGUAAAGGAGGACAGUGCAGCCAUGGAAAUGGUUGAGGCGACCACCCCUGUACCACUUGAUAUCACAGAUCAACCAAACCCUAUUGACCUUGGAGGGCGGGCCAGUGUCCUUUCAUUCAUCAACAAUGAGAUGGACUGUAUUACCCAGAAAGCCGAAGCCAAUAUGAUGUCUCUCCUUACCAAGGAGCUCUCUUUCGAUGAUGAGACAGAGCUACAGUUUGGAAAUAAUUUAGAGGAAGAAGAGGAAGAUGAUGACUUCCCUGAUCUACCACCAACACCUUCCAAUCUAAAAGUAAUCACACCUCGUCCCAGUAGUAGUGUACGAUUACGCCCAGACAGUGGUACGCCACGACCCAGUAGUUCUCAAUCUGCCAGUCACAGGGACACUCGUAUUGGAGAUAACAGGCCAGGCAGUAGUUUCUCUGUCAGGUCAGCAACAGUCACCCCACGACCUGAGGACAUUACGCCACGACCAGUCAGUGUCACCAAGAGGUUUGCCAGUACAACCCCUCGCCCUGGCAGUCGGUCAAGGUCACAGGCUGGAGGAGAAGGUCGGGAGUCCCGAGCUAUAAUUGUGGACGGUGAAGAUAUGAGUAACUAUGAUUUGGAGGGCCAAAGGGAAGCUUCCUUCAUAGAAGACCAAGAAACUCUGGACAACUUAGAAUGGGAGCUCGCCUCAGAGACAGGAAGAAUAACAGCCAAUGGUAAGGUCUCUCGGAUGGAGUUGGAGGAUACAGGUAGUAAUGGAAGUGCUGACAGUCAAGCGAGUAUUCGUUCCUUCAGUCGUAUGAGUCAACAAGACCAAGGCUAUGACAUCAACUCAAGGCUAAGGGAAGAUGAGUUGACGGAUGAUGGGGAUGAAGAGGACGAUUUUGAAGAUGAAGAAGACGUAAAAGCUCUCCAUUGAUGUGUAAAUUAUUAAGAGGAGAUUUAUUGCAGUGAAGUGACAAUUUGUAACAAUAGCUAGGGAAUUUUCCUUACAUAUGUUACCAUAUGAGGGAAUUGAUCCGUUGAUAAUGGGGAGUAUGUUAAAAUAUAUUCAUGUGAGGGAAUUGUGCAGUGGCAAAAAAUUCUAAGUCACCUUCAUCACAAAAAUUAUUUAUCUGUGUUUGGAAAUAGUGUUGGAAUACAUGGUACAAUGUACAUGUAGAUAGACUGACUUUAAUAACGCUAGCUACAUGUAGGAGGUACUGUGGUCCACUCAGUACACUGUGUCACUGCCCAUUACACUGAUAGCCAUAUUAUUUAUGUAACUCAUAUAUUUGUACACCAGAUCUAGAGUUUAUUUGUAUAAUAUUGAGUCCUGUUUUACUAGUAUUUGGAAGAUUCUCAUUUUUGCUAGGAAUUUUUAUGAAUCGUCAUUUUCAUGAAAUCAAAGCAACUUGCCUGGAGAAUGUUCUACAUUGUUUGGAAACAAUAUGGGAAGCACUUUAUACAAUGUAUGUUUUGACCAAUAGUUUACAUGUAAUUUUUAACAAAUAAUUGUAAGAAAUAUGAUGAACAUCUGAAAAGGAAAUAAAUUUGAUUCUCAUUUACGCACCUGUAACUACACAUGUGCCACUGACAGGAAACUAAUUUUCUAUGUCUUAACUUCAGGUCUGUAAAUCAAGUCUUACACAGUGGUUUCUUUUAUUAAUUUUACAAAUGUAAUGAUAUAAGCAAAGCGGUGCAUGUCCUACAGAGACCAGUCAAAUAAGGGCGUGUCUUACAGGGGAAAGCACAGAGGUGCGUGUCAAAAAGGGGCGUGUCCUGCAGUAUAAGUUGAAUAGGGUGUGUCUUACAGGGGAAAUCAAAGAGGUGCAUGUCAAAAAGGGGCGUGUCCUGCAGUAUAAGUCAAAUAGAGCGUGUCUUACAGGGGAAAGCAAAAAGAUGCAUGUCAAAAAGGGGCCAGUCAUAUUUGGGCGUGUCCUGCAGUAUAAGUCAAAUAGAGCGUGUCUUACAGGGAAAAGCAAAGAGGUGCGUGUCAUAAAGGGGCAUGUCAUAUAGAGUUGUGUCCUGCAGUAUACACGUCAAAUUGGGCGUGUCUUACAGGGAAAAGUAAACGGGGCAUAUCAAAAAGGGGCGUGUCCUACAGAGAGCAGUCAAAUAAGAGCGUGUCUUACAGAGGAAAGCAAACAGAGGUGUCAUGUAAGGCAUGUCCUACAGAGCAAGUCAAUAGGUACAAGAGCAAGAAAAUGAGGGCGUGUCUUGCAGAGAAAAGCAAAUUGGGGAUGUUUCAUACAGAAGUAAGUCAAAUAAGAGUGUUUCUUACAGAGGAAAGCAAAUUGGGGCGUGCCUUGCUAAUAGGUGUCAAAUAGAUAGGGGACACGUACAGAGAGAAAUUGAUUAGAGUGGUUCGGCAGAGGUAAGGGACAUGUCAAAAAUGUCAAAUAGGGGCAUGUCAAAUGAAGAUAAGCUAGCAAAAGGGUCACAUUCUACAGAGAGAAGUUAAGUAAUGGCAUUUGAUCUACAGAGAAAAGUUGAAUAGAGGUGAGAGCUAUCUAAUAAAUUAUAGGGAAUAUGUUUUGAAUUUAUAAUGUCUUUUUGUGUUCUGUUCUUUGGUGAUGAAUGGAUAGAGUAUAUGGUUAUUUCUAUUUUGUUGUUUAUUUAUUUACUUGUUAUAUAUGUAUGGCUUUGAUAGGCCGAAUUAUACAUAUAAAGAGAUUCAGUAUUAACGCUAGGGAACACAUUAAGGAGGAAACCGUGCACGAUUGUAAUGUGUUUAUGUGUAGCUAAAUAGCAACUCCUUGUAUGUACGCAUAAAUGUAUUUCUAAAUUAGUACAUUUUUUCAGUUUUAUGUUUAAAAAAUCCAUAUUCAUAUCAAUAAUAGCCGCCUUUUAUGUAUACUCAAUUAUCAAACUGUUUUAUUGCCUGUCUGAAUGUCAAUUGUAGCAAAAUGGCAAAGACACUUUGUUUAUAUUAUAUAUUAAAGGUUUCAGGUUUUUUGUC